AGCGCACAAGAGAGGUCAUUUUCUACUGGUUCACAAGUGACACUCGGGCGAUAAAACAAACCGCUCGUAGAGCCUCACACGGUCAAUAACAUUCAGAUCUCUGAAAAUAAUCGAUGCAAAUAUUUAUUUGUUCUCAACGGGUAUCCUAAAGUUUCUUAACGUGCAGAAAACUUGGAUUAAGGAUGAAAUAUUUAAGUAAGAUUUCUGUCCUUGUGACUUGCAUGAACAUUCUUCGUCCCAUCAGGUCUCAGGAAUACCAGCAACAUCAGGAAUAUCAGGAAAACAGUCAUGAUCUGGUAAAAAUAAAUCUUACCGAGUGCUGGAAUUACCAGAAGAGUAAGCCUCUUUACCCUGCUCCAGUUUUUCGCGCUCACAAAAUGAAGGAAAAUCUGAGUUUCAAAGAUUGUGGUGAAUGGAAAUCAAAGAAAGGAAUCGCACCAUGGCAAAUUGUGAUCAGAAAACAAAACAGACUAAACAGAGGUUGCGAAGGUUUGCUCAUCUCAAAAAAAACAAUCAUCUUUUACAGCCAAGCAUUUCACUGCUAUUGGAUUUUCAACACUACUGAUGAUGUAGACGAAAUUAUGUUAUAUGGUGGUGAAUGUAUAGAUGAAAAACGUGAAAACUGCUUUAGGCGACGCAAUUUGCUCAGUAAAGAGGUGCCCUUCAUCACAGAUUUUCAAGAACUAGAACUAGAAGAAGUGCAUCAACAAAAUGGAUCAUUAAGCAAAGCUGCAAUCAUAAUUAUUAGUGUAAAAGGAGUCGAAUUUUCAGACACUUUAAAGCCCAUUUGUCUAUGGAACAGAGAUAACCAGCACGAUUUGAAUUCGACUUAUAUUUUCAAGCAGCAAACUGACAUGGUUGGAAUAGCUACAAAAACGAACAUCAAGUCUGAGGAAAAUUGCUUUGAAAAGAUAAUUACGAAGUUGGACUGUGACAUAUAUGGGAAAACAAUUUGCACUUCCUACUUUCAGCCAUACGUUGGAGUGUUCUUAAUUAUUGAAAGAGAGAAGCGUCACUUUUUAAGAGGCUUACGAUUUAAAUUUCUCCCAGAUAAACAACAUCUGCAAUGGAUUGAUUUGCUCCCUCUUAUGGAAAAGAUUGUUUUUGCAGCCGCCGAUGUGGCGAUACUGAAAAAAACGUCCGAAUUAAAACCAAGAAUAUUUUUUCGUGGAGAGCAAAGCUUCGAUAAUUGUGGUCAAGUGGCGAAUUUUAGGCGUAGAAAAAGAGACGACGAAGAAGCAUGGGGUGUGUUUAUCAACGGAGGCAUUGAUUCUAGAAGAGGACAAAGUCCGUGGCAUGCAGGACUCACGUUGCAUUUUCAAGAUGGUCCCAAUCCGGUAGCUUGUGGGGCAUCUUUGAUUUCCAAAAGGGUUCUCAUCACAGCCGCACAUUGUUUGAUAAGCAAUGGCGUUCAAUUGGAGGCAAAUUUUGUAGAAGUUAUCCUUGGAAUGCACAACAAAAAUGACCCUAAAGAAAGUGAACAUUGGUACAGAUUCAGGGCGUCAAAUAUUACCCUUCAUCCUGAUUACAAGGGCAUGAAAAAUGACAUAGCUUUGAUAUUCUCGCCCAACGAUAUUAGUUUUUCAAAUAUCAUUAGGCCAAUUUGCCUUUGGAAUGAUGAAUACAACCAGGACAAAAUCAUCAACACAACAGGCAGCGUAGUUGGCUGGGGCUACACGACGAAUUUCACUCAGCCAAAUGUUUUGCAACACGUGGAAAUAAAAAUAGCCUCGCACGAAACGUGUUAUGAGAGUAGCAAGCUUUUCUUUUCCGGAGCAUUGAGCCCAAAUGAAAACUUCUGCGCAGGUUUUCCACUUAAUCGCACGGGCGUCUGCACAGGAGAUAGUGGUGGUGGACUCGUAAUAUACAAUCAAGCUGACGGUCGAUAUUUUCUACGCGGCAUAGUCAGCGGAGGGAGAGAAGUAACAAGAGUCUUACCAGAAGGUACAAAGAGGUUGUGCAACCCAAACUUUUAUGCAAUAUUCACUGAUAUAACAUAUCACAUGGAAUGGAUCGUGAACCAAACACCUGACCUAAAUUAUUAAAAAAAAAAAAAAUAUUAAUAUCUGUUGCGUAUGUUAUAGACUUAAAAUAAAUAUGAUAUUAAAUUUAUUUCAUAAAAGUUUUGAAAAU